AUGAAAGGCUUUGUCGACAGAAAUCCCGACUUAAUUAGUGACGCGGAAACUGUCGCUAACAACGCACAAAAUGAGAAUACGGUACUUUCCGUUUACAAAACGCAAAGUACUAAUGAUAUUUUAGAAGAGGAGACUACAUUUACUACAUCAACAGUACCUCGUCAAGUUACGUGGCAAGAUCAGCAAAAUUUGAAUAGCAUGCCUCCUCUGAGUAUGCCUCCUAACGCUCUGUAUCAACAUUCCGCCGAUGUACAUCUUAAUCCUGGUUGCUUCUUAGACAGCGAAGGCUACCCUUACGACUUUGGCCUUCCAAAACAUCCAUGUCGUCCACCUAUGAUGUCAAAUUACUCCGUAGUUGGACCAUUUUAUCAAACAUUACCACAUAAUAGGCCUAAAGGACAAAAAUUAGUAUGCAAAUUUGCAAAAGAUACAGAAUUUAAUGCUACACCACCACCAACUUGUCAAAAUUUUGAACCUUUUAACGCCACUAACGUACGACGUACCCUGGAAGGGUAUCCUGUGCCACGAAAUCGACAAAUUGCUUUUGUAGGAACGGGAACAGUGUAUUAUAACGAAGAAUUUGUACCUUCCCCACCGGAAGGUUAUAAAACUGAACCAAUACAAUGCUGUGUACCAACAGAACCAUGUUCAACUUGGAACCCAAAAGGUACUUGUGCAGUAAUGGUCCCUAUGGGAAUGCCUGAAGGGGCAGGUCGGUGCUACCAAGUUGAAACCAGGUGUGUCGAUACUCAAACAACAGAUGCUAGAAAUCCAACAGAAGGGACUGAAAAUGGCUUGAAACCAUUGCCUCAAGUGUCAAAUGCUAAAUGUGCUUCAGAUAUGUGCUCCGAAAGCCCAGAUGAAGGUUAUGUAGGUGAUGCAAAUGAUAUCUGA